AUGCACCGUGCCCGGUCCGUCGACCUGACCAACGACGAGCUCGUGGAAGUGCGCGCGGCCCAGCGUACCUUCGAAGGCGCAUACAUCCGCACCUCACUCUCGCAGUUCUCCUUCGCCCUCGUCGUCCUCAAGAUCUUCACCUCCGAGUUCUACUCCAUCGGCGCCCUGUUUGCGGUCUACGGUGCCGGUGUCCUCCUCGUCAGUGCCUAUCGCCGACAGCAGGGCAACAAACAGUUCUUCAAUGAGUUGGGCGAUAACGGCUUGGAAAGGAAGCGCUUCAGGACCAGUGGCAAUGUUGUUGUUGUCUUGACCGCCCUCAGCAUUGCCGCUUAUAUCACUUUGUUGGUCUUGACGCUGAAGCUGGGGAAUUGA